AUGUCCUGCGCUGUCCUCGGCAUGUUUGCGGUCUGUGCUGUCCUCCUGUUGACUGUGGCCACGACCGCAUGCUUUGGUUUGGGCGCCAGCGACGCUCCGAAGCUGUUCAGCGACAAGUACGGCAACCUGCACGUGUCCACGUUUGGGGACCAGCGCGUCUUCGUCAACGACAUUGACCUGUCGCAGCUGAGCCAUGUCCUGGAAGAGACGCGCCGGUGCACGCUCGACGGGUCAGCCUUCGACCGAAACGCCAGCACCACGAGCACGGACGACGGCGUCCAGCGCACGGCUCGCGUGUGGUCCGCCAAGCAGCUGAAUGUGACAACCGCCAGCAGCCGCAUCAACGACAUCUCCUAUGACCCCACCACCAACUCCAUUGUGGCGGCGGGCCACACGGAGGGGUUCGUGUUCCGCGAGUCGCAGGGCGGCAAGGACAUGCUCGUGUUCAAGAUGAGCCUGGACACGCCCGAGGCAGAGAUGCUGUGGGCGCAGCAGAUUGGAUGGGCGCACGACGACGAGGCUCGUGGCGUCGUGUUUGAUCCGCGCUACAACGGCGUUUACGUUGUCGGUGUCUCUGAUAGCCAAACGUUCACGGGGCACACAGACGAUUCGUCUUACCCUGGCAUGGCCUUCAUCGUUGAUGGCGAAACUGGCACUGUGCUGGGCACCAACCAGCGAUUGCAGUUCACCACAAUCAAUGCCGUGACUGUGGCGCACGAUUUAAAUGAUCAGAAGAAAGCACCCAGACGGACUCGCUUUGGCAGCCCGAGCGCUGCGGACCUGUUGGCAGUCGCCCGGCCCAUUGGCAACUCCGACGACAUCCUGUUUGCUGCUGGCUGGUCAGCCACAACGUAUUUUGGUGAGCUGUAUGGCAUGACGGAUGUACUCAUCGCCAAGGGAACGAGAGACAACCCAAACGAUCCGCCGUACACGUGGGGAGUGCACGUUGGCACGCCAGGUUUUGAUCGUGCAGAGGCGGUUGCAGUGAACGGCAGCAGCACAGACGUCGUCUAUGUUGCAGGCUACACGCGAGGGGCGUUUCCCAACAACGACAACCAGGGUCGUGACGACGCGUUUGUGCUUGCAUUUGACGCAAGCAACGUAGACUCAACGCCCAUCACCGGCAACGACCGUCUCCUGUGGUGCACGCAGUUUGGAACAGAGCACAUUGACCGCGCCCACGCCAUGGUGUACGACGCGCAGAGCGAGCUGCUAUACGUUGCAGGGUUCACGGAUGGGUCGCUGCACGGAAACAUGCGGGAGGGCACGCGCGACCUGUUUGUGACGGCCGUGUCACCGGUGGAUGGCGGCAUUGUGUGGACGCUCCAAGAUGGUGUUGCAGGCAUGAAGGCACACGCGCUGUCACUGGAGGUGCUUGAUGGCGGCGAGACGUUGGCUGUGGGUGGAUAUGUCAGCACCCAAGGCGCAUCGGGUCUUGCUCGCGAACAAGGCUUUGUCGUCACCUACAAGAUCACGACAGACUGA